AUGGCCGAAGACGCAAGCAUCCCCUCCGACCAUGAGAGCUUGUACUCGCCUGGAGCAACCCUCUGGCUCACUCCACAUGUCCCGCCGAAACCGUACGGCUUGAGCUAUUAUCCUGCACCCCACAACUUGACGACCGAUGAGAUGGGUCCGCCUAAAGAAGACUCGGGUCUCUCCCAGAUGGACCGGGCCUUCAAGUACCCUCCUCACGACUUCGACGAAACAAAGCAAAGCGACGAUAAUGGUCGGGUUCAACUGGAAGUCGUCGCGGUCCUGGCUGGCGGCGUCGGUAUGGCCUACUCGCGCGGGCCCCAGAAGCUCAAAUGCAAAGUGCUCAAAACACCAUCCCCCGACCCGGAGAAGAGAGAAUACGAGCCGCUGAACGUCGGGGAUUUGGUCGUUGCCAAAGUUCAUGAUCCCCUGUUCUACCCCCGAGUCGGCGAUGGCUUUGACAUCCUCUACAAAUUGACAACCCGCGCCGAUAUGGGGUUGAGCGACGAGACCGGCGCCUACAAGCAGCUCUUCGAGAAAGGAAUUACGGGAUAUCCUCACUUGGCUCCCCAGUACUAUGGGACCUGGACCGCCGGGGUCAAGAGCACAAACCCCAAGUUCAGAGGACGGACUCGACACGUCGGCAUCGUCCUCAUCGAAUACGUCGACGGCGUCUCUCUAGACCAACUCUUUGUCCGCAAUAGCCAAUGCAUAGCGGUGCCACGACCAGGCCCGGUGAAGGUGUCCAGCACGAGCGAUCCCGUUGAGCUUACACUGGAGUUCCGCCUUGAGACCAUGGCGCAACUGUUGAGUGGUUGCUGUCGCCAGUAUCACGACGGCGUUACGCACUGCGUCAUAGAGCCCGAGAACAUCAUCAUUUCUAUCCGCAAGGAAAACCAACAGCCCCGCGUCGCGCUGGUGGGCAACACAGCUGGCUUGGUGGAUCACCUGAUGUCCAAGCCGACGAGAGCUUACGCGCGUUUCGCCCAUCCUCCUCACCCAUAUUUCAGAUUCAGCAUCUUUAGGCUGGAGACUUUUCUCGGCUGGAUUCCUGCCGAAUGGAAACGUGGAAAGUCACGACACACUCCAGGCCUCUUCAAAUGGUACUUUGAGACCUUUGGUAUGCCUGACAGCGACAGGUUCACCUGUUUCAGAAGGCUCAAAGAGCCCCGGGACAAGCCGGCACCCCAGCACGACUACUCAUUGGAGGAGGCAUUUGGUGCCAUGGAUAUUGAGUCAAUGAACUAG